GUCUUCGAAACGCGUCAACCACCAGUCUCCGUCUUCUUCUUCUUCCACUGCUCUCUCUCUAGUCUCCAUCAGUUUCCGAAUCGAAGCUCUCUCUCUCUCUCUGUCAUGGCGUCCAAGCCUCCCAGCCUCAGCCUCAAGGACGCGAGCGAGCGCGAGCUCCAGAAGGUCUUCAACCAGUUCGACGCCGACGCCGACGGCAAGAUCUCCCCCGCCGAGCUCUCCGGCGUCCUCUCCGCCACCGGAUCGGCCUCCUCCCCCGCCGACGUCCGACGCGCCAUGGAGGACAUCGACGCCGACAAGGACGGCUUCAUCAGCCGCGCCGAGUUCGCUGCCUUCUGCCGGUCCGACUCCUCGUCCUCCUCCGCGGAGGCGGAGAUCCGCGACGCCUUCGAUCUGUACGACCGGGACAAGGACGGCCUGAUCUCCGCGGAGGAGCUGCACCUGGUGCUCAACCGGCUGAACGCCCGGUGCUCCCGCCAGGACUGCGCGAGGAUGAUCCAGUCGGUGGACAAGGACGGCGAUGGGAAAGGUCAACUUCGAGGAGUUCAAGAGGAUGAUGUCGGAUUCGGUUCCUGGUAACGGUGGAUCUGUGGCCUGAAAUCGAUGAUUUUACCGUAGAAUCUGACUUGAAUCGACCUACUAUACCGUAUUAUUAGCUCGUGACUCGCGAACUUGUAUGCAUAACGAGUUCAUCCAUCCACUGUGAUUUGCCCCUUAGAUACCGCGCCAUUAGAACAGAACAAUUGCAUGUACUGCAUCCCAUUUCAAUCCAUCUGUUCGACUCA